AAGCCACUAAUGAAACAAAGGUAUCGAAAAGAAUUUUUUUUGAAAAAUGUUGGUCUACAACCAAUUAAAAUUCAGAGGCCUAUGGAAGAAAAAAAUGAUAUCAAUAUAUGCGAAGGAAUAUGUUUUUAUUACUUUGAUCAUGAUGGACAAGUGGUAUGUCGUCGUUGUUAUAAAAAAUUUAACAAAUGGUUCAAUUAUCGAUUGCAUUUUAAUACAUUAUCAUGCCACACAACUCUAACAAAUUACAAACGAAAUACUUAUAAUGAUGUUUAUAAAAAAUACAAGUUAAAGAAAUAUAAGACUAAAAAACAGAUCAAUAACCAUUUAAGUGCUUCUAAACUUAUGGAUUUAGAAACUUUGAACACUCGCAAAACAAGAAAUAGGUGUUACCAAAACACUAGGGCGGUUGUGACUGUAUCCAAAUCUUCAUCAGACCCGGGUUCAAUAAACUCAAAAAAAGCAACUGUUAAGACAUUAAAGAAAGAAGGUGAUGUAAUCUAUAUUAGUAGCGAUGGAAGUGUAGAAGAGACGAACACAAAACCAAAUGUUUGCGAUAUUAUUAAAGUUCAAGAUAUUCAAAACAGUAUAAACACCAUUAUUCCAAAGUCACCUAAUGACAAUCAGAUAAUGGUAACCGUUAAAACAAAACGGAAAGCCGAUGAUUUAGCGCAGGUUUCUUCAGACAAUCAUUCAUCAAGCUCUGCUAAUUUUCCACCAAAACAUAGGGCUUUACAAUAUCAGUAUGUUUGUGUCAUUUGUGAUGCACAAUUUAUGAAUAAAUUGUUACUUACUAUUCACCAAGUGGAACAUAUCAAAUCAGAUCCCAGUAGAUACAGCGUUAUUGUGACUGAAUUAAAGGCCCACAGACAAGAAAAAAAGUAA